GGUUGGCCAACAGACCUAAUACUUUGCACAGAAUGCCAUCCCUGCCCUCCACCAGCAUGUGGCAUGUCAGAGGGCAAAGGAGGAAUAUGAGGAGGAGGAGGGGCGUUGGGGUGCAGGUUGUGAGCAGGAGGGUCAUGGUGCUGGUGAUGACUCCACGUUCUCUGUGCUCCGAGAGCUGCCUCCCCGGAUACCAAAAACUUCAACAUAAAGGAGGACAACCGUGCUGUCACCACUGUGUGCCCUGCCCGGAGAAUGAGAUCACCGAUAAAUAUGACAUGGAAAGGUGUUAUAAGUGUCCGGAUAAUCAAUGGCCCAAUGAGAGAAGAGACACCUGUAUACAAAGAACAAUUGAAUUCCUGUCUUAUGGAGAUACAUUGGGAACUUCUCUUAUGUUUAUGGCUCUAUUAUUCUGUUUUGGAACUAUUAUCAUGUUUGGGAUAUUUGUGAAACACAAAGACACUCCAAUAGUAAAAGCCAAUAACCGGACCCUCAGCUUCAUCCUUCUCAUCUCACUGAUUCUGUCCUUUCUUUGUCCUCUGCUCUUCAUCGGACGUCCCACAAAGAUCUCCUGUCUUCUCCGACAAGCUGUUUUUGGGACAGUUUUCUCUGUUGCAGUUUCUUCGGUUCUGGCUAAAACAAUUACUGUUGUUCUGGCUUUUAAUGUCACCAGACCUAACAGUAUUAACAAGUGUAUGAUGAAACAAUUCUCUGUUUUCCUCCUGAUUAUCUGCUCUUCUGGGCAGCUUGUGAUCUGUGUCUUAUGGUUUGUCUUUUCCCCACCAUUCCCAGAGUAUGACGCCCAAGUAGAGGUGGGGAAGAUGAUAUUACAGUGCAACGAGGGCUCUGUCACUGCUUUCUACAUUGUGAUUGGCUACAUGGGAUGUCUGGCCGUUUUCAGCUUUAUUGUAGCAUUUUUAGCCAGGAAACUUCCAGACACGUUCAAUGAAGCUCAGUACAUCACAUUCAGCAUACUGGUCUUCUGCAGUGUUUGGAUCUCCUUCAUCCCAGCCUACCUCAGCACCAAAGGGAAAUACAUGGUGGCUGUGGAGGUCUUCGCCAUCUUGUCCUCCGGUGCUGGACUCCUGGGCUGCAUCUUCCUUCCCAAAUGUUACAUCAUUCUGAUGAGACCGGAGCUGAAUGUGAAGGCGACUGUAGCCCACAAAAAAACCUUUCGGUAA